AUGAGCAAUCCAGACAGUGUUGAAAUUAAGGAUGAAGAAGAUCUUAACAUUGAGGAUCAAUUACAAAUCUAUAAGAUGGAUGUGGAUAUCAAAAUGGGGAUAACUGAUCAAUUCGUUGCUCAACCAAUCAGUUAUCCCCAUUUUGACUAUUUGAAUCUUAUUAAUCCAUCGAUAGCUCCCCCUUUACCGAAGCUCUUUCAAGAACUUGAUGAAGGCUUCUUCCAUAGUCGCUCGAAGCAAUACCAUUCUGAUCAGUGUAAAAGUAUUACUCCUAACGGCUGGUCUUCUUUGUAUGGCUUAGAUGAGGCUACCUGGGCAAAAUUUUUUGCUAUGUUACUGAAAGCUAAACAUCGAUAUCCGGAUGGGUUAGAUACACUACACCGAAUUAAUUUAGGUCAUGGUACUCAUUAUUCGGAUAAAGUCUGCGAGUUUUGUGGACGUUCCCUUUUGGGCCGGCCACCAUUAGAACGAGCAUUUAAACAUCAAAGCAGAAAGACAGAUGAAAUUCCAGAUUUGUCAGCAGCUUAUUAUACAGCUCCACAUGAAAAGAAAGUCAUUAUCGUCAGACUGGUGCGACCCCAGACGCCUCAAGAAAGAUUGGAUUUAUUUCUCAUAUGGGAAAUUUCACAAAACCUCUACAUUGAAGGCAAGCAAGCUGUACAAAGAGAAAGCAAUUCUAGGUUGGGAUUGCCAAUCAAAUUCUGUUUAUAG